AUGGAAAAUGAGGGAGAAAGUGAGUGGGAGAGAGGAGGGGAGGUUGAGGAUUGGGAUGAGAAAAGAAUGGAGGAGAUGUCUACUUUCAUGUUUGAUCACUUCCUUGAAACUCAUAGAACAAUAUGUCGAUUGCCGAAGCCCAAUCCGAUUGUCGCAAGCGUCGCGAACCCCUUCCCGAAGCUCGAUAGAGCCUAUAGUUUGGCGGAAUUAGCCUUUGAAUCGAAAAAACACGAGCUCUUGGAAAGAGACCCUCUGAUCUUCCUCUCUUUCAUCCUCGCGAGGUGCGAACUCCCUGUACUUGCUUCUAACGUAGUGAGAAAGUUGGUUCAUAUGGAAGCGUUUCCUCCAUUGAAAGCAUGGUCAGCAAUUGUGGGCCAUAUGUCCCAAUCCUCGGCCGGUGCUUUCCUCGCUGCGGAGCUCGUGAUGGAAAUAGCUUAUCUCUUUAAGGGCAACAGGGUUGAUCCCCGGAAAAAGAGCAACAGGCCUUUGCUAUCUAUGAAGCCCGAUUCUUUCGUCUUCAACAUAGCUUUAGCAGGAUGUCUCUUGUUUGGGACUACGAGAAAAGCUGAGCAGCUUCUCGAGCUGAUGCCCGGGAUUGGAGUGAAGCCCAGUGCUGAGUUACUGAUCGUGAUGGCUCGCGUCUAUGAAAAAAACGGCCGGAGAGAUGAGAUCAGUAAAUUAAAACGGCAUGUUGACGAGGCUUGUGGCCUUAGUGAUUCGGAAUUACGAUCGUUCUAUGACUGUUUGCUUUCUUGCCAUUUGAAAUUCGGCGACUUGGAUGCAGCUACCGAUAUGAUCUUGGACAUGCUAAGAAAAGCUAAUGAAGCAAAGAGGUCUUUGGCUGCAGCAAAAUCAGUACUGGAAGCUGUUAACGCUGGUAAAGAGAGCUCUAAAAUUAAACAAUCAGAUGUUGUUGAUAGGUUUAAACUGAUCAAAGGGCGAGCUCCAUCUUAUUCUGACUUUGCCAUAGACAGAAAUUUCUCAAGGCUUGGGGCCGAGGCGAAGGAGUCGCUUCUAUUAUUAUCAGAUAAGUUGCAAACUCAAAUCGAACUCGUUCGAUCUCAACGUGGGAUUCUCCAUCCAACGGAGAAAAUUUAUGCCAAACUCGUUAGGGGUUUCUUGGAGGCCAAUAGGGUAAAUGAUUUGGCUGGGUUUCUAAUUAAAGCAAGUAGAGAAGAAUCUCCUGUCUCCAUCGAAAACUCCUUUGCUGUCCAAGUGAUACAUGCUUGUAUCUCUUUAAAUUUGCUGGACCAAGCUCACGACCUUUUAGAUGAGAUGAGAUUUUCAGGGGUCAGAGUUGGAUCUUCCGUAUAUUCUUCACUCCUAAAAGCAUAUUGCAAAGGAAAUCGUCGAGGACAAGUUGAAUCUCUUCUGAAGGAUGCUCAAAAGGCCGGUAUACAGCUCGAUGCAAGUUGCUAUGAAGCCUUGAUUGAGUCUCAUGUACAUGUUAACGAGUCAAAUAAAGCUCUCCACAUUUUCAGGGAGAUGAAAGAUUCGGGAGUUUCAAGAUCUGGUCAUCAAGAAUUUGACAGGUUAGUUGAAGGAUGCGCAAAAAACGAUGAAGCUAAUUUGAUGUCCAAACUUUUAGAAGACAUCAAGUACACUCAGAAGGUGGAUUCAGGAGUUCAUGAUUGGAACAGCGUGAUACAUUUCUUCUGCAAGAAAAAAAUGAUGAGUGAUGCUCAGAAGGCAUUGAACAGGAUGAGGGCUUUAGGGCACGUUCCUAAUGCUCAAACCUUCCAUUCUUUGGUCACAGGAUAUGCUUCAAUAGGGGGGAGGUAUGUGGAAGUCACUGACUUGUGGGGUGAAAUGAAAACGCUUUCUAGCUCGAGUUCAUUGAAGUUUGAUCAGGAGCUUUUGGAUUCGCUAUUGUAUUGUUUUGUUAGAGGCGGGUUUUUUCUUCGAGCAAUUGAAGUGAUUGCGAUGAUGGAGAAGGGAAAUAUGUUUGUUGAUAAGUAUAAGUAUCGGUCUCUUUGGUUGAAGUAUCAUAGGACGAUGUAUAAGGGAAAGCCACCAAAAGUUCAGACUGAGGCUCAAGUGAAGAGAAGGGAGGCGGCAUUAGCUUUUAAAAGAUGGAUCGGAUUUACGUGAAGACCCUUCUUAUAGUGGGCAACCUCUGAUCAGAUUGAUUUCUUACAAGCUAAUAAGCUGAAUGACAUACUGUGAUGAGCUUUUCUAGUCGAAACUUGGCGACCUUGGCCUCAAAGCUGGUUUCUCUCUUCUGACAAUGACACUGAUAUCAACUUGAGCUGAACUCAUAGGAGAGCCUAGAUUGUUCAAGGGGAGCAAAGAUUGAUUGUGGAUAUACCUCCUGUAAUAUUGUUACUUUGAUCUCUACUACCCCUCUAGUUUUAUGUGGUUUCGCAUUUUUAAACCUGCUGUAGAUAUUAUAGGACAUGACUGUAUAGAAUUGUUGCUGGGAGUGUUUUGUUGGGAAAAAAAAAAGGAUUCCUGAAGAAGAGUAUAUCUAACAAAAUUUGAA